CCGCCUGGAAGCAUGAAGUGGCAGCGGAGGUGCUGCUCCUCGCCGCCGCCUCCCCGCCGGUGAGAGCGAGGAGGGAGCGAGGGAAGAUGGGGCCCGUGCUGCGCAGCCUACUCGCCUGCAGUUUUUGUUCGCUGAUGAGAGCCGCCCCGCUGCUGCUGUACGCGAACCGCCGGGACCUGCGCCUGGUGGACGCCGCCAACGGCAGGGAGAACGCCACGGUGAUCGUGGGCGGCCUGGAGGACGCGGCGGCCGUGGACUUCGUGUUCGUGAAGGGCUUGAUCUACUGGAGCGAUGUCAGUGAGGAGGCCAUCAAACGGACGGAGUUCAAUAAAUCCGGGAGCGUACAAAACGUGGUCAUCUCCGGACUGCUGUCGCCCGACGGGCUGGCGUGUGACUGGCUGGGAGAGAAGCUGUACUGGACGGAUUCGGAGACAAAUCGGAUUGAGGUUUCUAACUUGGACGGAUCGCUGAGGAAAGUUUUGUUUUGGCAAGAGUUGGAUCAACCCCGAGCAAUUGCCUUGGAUCCUGGAAGAGGGUUCAUGUACUGGACGGACUGGGGGGAAGUGCCAAAGAUAGAACGUGCUGGGAUGGACGGUUCGAGCCGCUCCGUUAUCGUUAACACGGACAUUUACUGGCCAAACGGACUGACCUUGGAUUAUGAGGAACAGAAGCUUUACUGGGCAGAUGCUAAACUGAAUUUCAUCCACAAAUCGAAUCUGGAUGGCAGUCAUAGGCAAGCAGUGGUGAAAGGCUCCCUUCCCCAUCCCUUUGCUCUGACGCUGUUUGGGGACAUGCUGUACUGGACCGACUGGAACACGCACUCCAUCCUGGCCUGCAGCAAGCACUCCGGGGAGGACCUGCGGGAAAUACAUUCCAACAUCUUCUCCCCCAUGGAUAUCCACGCCUUCAGCCAAAAGAGGCAGCCAAAUGCUACAAAUCCAUGUGGAAUUAAUAAUGGUGGCUGCUCCCACUUGUGUUUGAUGUCUCCUACCAAGCCCUCUUAUCAGUGUGCAUGUCCCACUGGUGUGAAACUUCUCGAAAAUGGAAAGACCUGCAAAGAUGGCGCCACCGCCCUGCUGCUUUUAGCCCGCCGGACAGACCUGAGGCGAAUCUCCUUGGACACCCCGGACUUCACGGACAUCGUCCUGCCGCUGGAGGACAUCCGCCACGCCAUCGCCAUCGACUUCGACCCUCUGGAGGGAUACAUCUACUGGACCGACGACGAGGUUCGCGCCAUCCGCCGCUCGCUGAUCGACGGCUCGGGCAGCCAGUUCGUGGUCACGGCGCAGAUCGCGCACCCCGACGGCAUCGCCGUCGACUGGGUCGCCCGGAACCUGUACUGGACGGACACGGGCACGGAUCGCAUCGAAGUCACGAGGCUUAACGGGACCAUGAGGAAAAUACUGAUCUCGGAAGAGCUGGAAGAACCCAGAGCGAUUGUGCUGGAUCCCAUGGCUGGGUACAUGUACUGGACUGACUGGGGAGAACUCCCAAAGAUCGAAAGGUCAGCGUUAGAUGGCUCAGACAGAAUUGUGCUGGUGAACACCUCGCUUGGCUGGCCAAAUGGACUGGCACUGGAUUAUGCAGAAAGCAAAAUAUACUGGGGAGAUGCCAAAACAGACAAAAUAGAGGUCAUGAACACUGAUGGAAGUGGUAGAAAAGUUCUGGUGGAGGACAAGCUGCCUCAUAUAUUUGGAUUCACGUUGUUGGGAGAUUACAUUUACUGGACAGACUGGCAGAGACGCAGCAUCGAGCGCGUGCACAAGCGCACGGCGGAGAGAGAGAUCAUCAUCGACCAGCUGCCGGACCUGAUGGGCCUCAAAGCUACCAAUGUGCGCCAAAUAAUCGGUACCAACCCCUGUGCGGAGGAGAACGGCGGCUGCAGCCACCUGUGCCUGUACAGACCGCAGGGCCCUCGCUGCGCCUGCCCCAUCGGCCUGGAGCUCAUCAGCGACAUGAAGACCUGCAUCGUCCCCGAGGCCUUCCUGCUGUUCUCCCGGAGAGCGGACAUCAGGCGGAUCUCCUUGGAAACCAACAACAACAACGUUGCUAUUCCGCUCACCGGAGUCAAGGAGGCUUCCGCCCUGGAUUUUGACGUGACGGACAAUCGCAUUUACUGGACUGACAUUUCACUGAAGACCAUCAGCAGAGCGUUCAUGAACGGCAGCGCGCUGGAGCACGUGGUGGAGUUUGGGCUGGAUUACCCGGAGGGCAUGGCUGUGGAUUGGCUGGGGAAGAACCUGUACUGGGCUGACACUGGGACAAACCGGAUAGAAGUGUCCAAGCUGGAUGGGCAGCAUCGCCAGGUGCUGGUGUGGAAAGAUCUAGACAGCCCCCGGGCAUUGGCAUUGGACCCUGCUGAGGGGUUCAUGUACUGGACCGAGUGGGGUGGCAAGCCAAAGAUCGACAGAGCUGCGAUGGACGGCACCGAGCGGACCACUCUGGUGCCAAACGUGGGCCGUGCCAACGGCCUGACCAUCGAUUACGCCAAACGACGCCUGUACUGGACCGACCUCGACACCAACCUGAUAGAAUCCUCCAACAUGCUGGGCCUCGACCGUGAGAUCAUAGCUGAUGACCUGCCUCACCCCUUCGGCUUGACUCAGUACCAGGACUACAUUUACUGGACAGACUGGAGCCGGCGCAGCAUCGAGCGGGCCAACAAGACCAGUGGCCAGAACCGAACCAUCAUCCAGGGGCACUUGGAUUACGUGAUGGACAUCUUGGUCUUCCAUUCCUCCAGGCAGGCGGGCUGGAACGAGUGUGCCUCGAGCAACGGCCACUGCUCUCACCUGUGCUUGGCAGUGCCUGUUGGGGGCUUUGUCUGUGGCUGCCCAGCUCACUAUUCCCUCAACUCUGACAACAGGACCUGCAGUGCUCCUACGACGUUUUUGUUGUUCAGUCAGAAGAACGCGAUUAAUCGCAUGGUGAUCGACGAGCAGCAGAGCCCGGACAUCAUCCUCCCCAUCCACAGCCUCAGGAACGUCCGAGCCAUCGACUACGACCCCCUGGAGAAGCAGCUGUACUGGAUCGACUCCCGGCAGAACAUCAUCCGCAAGGCGCAGGAAGACGGCAGCCAGAGCCUCACUGUUGUGACCAGCCCAGUUCCCAACCAGAACUUGGACAUGCAGCCUUACGACCUGAGCAUCGACAUCUACAGCCGUUACAUCUACUGGACCUGCGAAGCCACGAACGUGAUCAACGUGACGCGCCUGGACGGCAGAGCCAUGGGAGUGGUGCUCAAGGGAGAUCAGGACAGGCCCAGAGCCAUUGUGGUGAAUCCAGAGAAAGGGUACAUGUAUUUCACCAACCUGCAGGAAAGGUCUCCUAAAAUUGAGAGAGCAGCACUGGAUGGAACGGAACGAGAAGUCCUUUUUUUCAGUGGCUUGAGCAAGCCCAUAGCCUUAGCUAUCGACAGCCAGCUGGGCAAGCUGUUCUGGGCUGAUUCAGACCUGCGGAGAAUUGAAAGCAGUGACCUAUCAGGUGCCAACCGGAUUGUUUUGGAAGACUCUAAUAUCCUGCAGCCUGUGGGACUAACUGUGUUUGAAAACUGGCUCUACUGGAUUGACAGACAACAGCAGAUGAUUGAAAAGAUUGACAUGACUGGCCGAGAAGGGCGUACGAAGGUCCAAGCUCGUAUUGCACAGCUCAGUGACAUCCAUGCUGUGAAAGAGCUCAACAUCCAGGAGUACAGACAACAUCCUUGCUCUCAAGACAAUGGUGGCUGCUCACACAUUUGCAUCGUGAAGGGCGAUGGCACCACACGCUGUUCUUGCCCCGUCCACCUUGUUCUGCUGCAGGAUGAGCUGUCCUGUGGAGAACCACCAACAUGCUCCCCUCAGCAAUUCACCUGUUUCACAGGUGAGAUUGACUGCAUCCCCGUGGCCUGGCGCUGCGACGGCUUCACCGAAUGCGAAGACCACAGUGACGAGAAGAACUGCCCCGUGUGCUCAGAUACCCAGUUCCAGUGUGAAAGUGGACAGUGCAUAGACAGUGCCCUCCGGUGCAACGGAGAAGCAAAUUGUCAGGACAACUCAGAUGAGAAGAACUGUGAAGUGCUUUGUUUGACGGAUCAGUUCCGCUGUGCCAGCGGGCAGUGCAUCGGGAAAAGCAAGAAAUGUGAUCACAACCUGGACUGCAGCGACAGCUCAGACGAGCAAGGAUGCUACACAACGGAGGAACCUGCCCCACAGCCCAACAACACGAUAGGCUCCAUCAUCGGUGUGAUCCUUACAGUCUUUGUGGUUGGAGCAAUGUACUUCAUCUGCCAGAGGGUGCUGUGCCCACGCAUGAAGGGAGAUGGAGAAACCAUGACCAAUGACUAUGUGGUGCAUGGCCCAGCCUCUGUCCCUCUGGGUUAUGUGCCUCACCCAAGCUCUUUGUCAGGGUCUCUUCCCGGUAUGUCUCGAGGUAAAUCUGUCAUCAGCUCCCUCAGCAUUAUGGGAGGGAGCAGUGGACCGCCCUAUGACAGGGCCCACGUUACUGGAGCCUCCUCCAGUAGUUCUUCAAGUACCAAAGGCACUUACUUUCCUCCAAUUUUGAACCCACCACCAUCACCAGCUACUGAACGUUCACACUAUACCAUGGAAUUUGGUUAUUCUUCAAACAGCCCAUCCACUCAUAGAUCCUACAGCUACAGGCCUUACAGCUACCGGCAUUUUGCACCCCCCACCACGCCCUGCAGCACCGAUGUGUGCGACAGCGACUACGCCCCCAGCCGAAGGGUCCCGGCAGCCGCGGGCAAGGGCUACACCAGCGACCUGAACUACGACUCGGAGCCCGUCCCUCCGCCGCCCACCCCGCGCAGCCAGUACCUGUCGGCCGAGGAGAACUGCGAGAGCUGCCCGCCCUCCCCGUACACCGAGCGCAGCUACUCCCACCACCUGUACCCACCGCCGCCCUCCCCCUGCACAGACUCCUCCUGAGGGGGAGCCCCCCCCGACCCGCUGUGUGAAAGUGUAAAUAUACAAACUGUUCUCCCGGGGAGGGGGGGAGGGAGCUCUCGGACAGUGUACAGGGGCGGAGAAAUACUGAAGAUAUUUGUACAGAAGAAUUGAAAAAAAAAAAAAAAAAAAAAAGGAUAUUUAUAUAUUUUCUUAAAUAGCGGCUGCUGCUCGUGCUAUAAGAAGAAGAAAAAAAAAAAAAUUUUGUGUAAAGGAAACGCAGACGGUUUGUACAAAAAGUUUUUAUUUUUGCAAGCGGAACACAAAAAACAUGCCUUAAAUCCAGUGAAGUGACUGAGCACGUUAAGGAAAUAGAAGGACUGGGAUAUGUUACUUGUCCAGAGAGAGGUGAUAUGUGGGGUUUGUCAAUACCAAAAAUGUUUAAGAUAAUUAAUAAUAAAGAAGUCCAUCUCAGAGCAGCAUACCAUAGAUACUUGGAAGUAGCCAAAUAUCCUCUAUGAUAACUACAGAGGGCCAACAAUUGAAGAUAAACUUGAAAAUGCAGUCAGGACAGAUAUUAACCUUGCACAAAAGGGCUUUGUUUUCUACAGGAAUACAGCAAUUGUAGCAGUGAAUCCAGAAAAAUAAUCACACUUUUUAAAAUUAAUACACCUCUGAUUUUCCUUAAUGCAAUUAACAAACUAGAUAAUUUAGCAUUUAGAGCUCUCUCCUUGCUUCUGGAAUUUUCGAUUACUUUUUUGGGGGUGUAUUUUAAAAUUCAUGUUUUUAAUCCCGGUUAGGUUUUCUUAUCUCUGCUGCAUCCUUUCUUCCUGCCUGUGUCACUUUAAGUCAUGAUAUUCUUAUUUAAAGUACUGCUAGAACCGGGCUGCUGUAAAUUCUGUUUUUUCUCCUAUUUAGCCUUGUCAUGCAGUGAUUAUCAUGCUAUACAUUACGUUCUUCAUUUUGCCAGCAUGGUUGGAUUCUGUUUUGGAGCAGGUCAGUAUGAUUUUCACAUAAUUGACAAGGGUAAUAUGCAUAUACCUGAGUGAUUUUUAGUCCCAUAAAAAGGAAAACCUUAUUUUGACCUAGUGCCCACGAAAUGUCAAAUAUUUUUAUACCGCAUAUAAUACAGACAGCAUAUUUAUAAACGAUAAAUUUAACCACGGAUUGUUAGUUUUUCUGUAAAUGAGUAAUAUAUCCUUGCAGUACUUUCAGUGUAUAUUGAUUAUCACAGUAUACAAAUCAUAUAUGAAUAAAUAUAUAUAUUAUUUUUUUCCUACUAAGGAAGCAUUUAACUUUCAGUGGACCAACUGUCCAUGAAAAAAAAAAAAAAAAAAAAAGAUGUUUUGAUCAUUGGAAGGGGUUCCCCUGCUGUAUGAACUGCUCACGUUUUCUUUGUGUUAGGUAAAGCCAGUUUCUCUCAGUAUGAUUUUGAUGUACCUUUUGACAUACCUCCUUUCGUGUGGUGUGAGCUUAAUACUUUAGUAUUAACCACUGUGAAUGUCGAAUUUCAAGAUAUUCUUAACAAAACCAUUUUAUAUUCACAUCUCUAUUUUUGUAUAUUAUCGCAUUUAGCCCCUUCUCCCAUCAGCCUCACUGUGGUGAUUUUGACAGGGAGAUUACUUAAUCAAGUGAAAAUAUUAUUUGUAUCGGUUAAGGGGCAGCCUAGGAUGAUAUUGACUUCUCCUGGACUCCAGUGCAGUGCUCUGCUGUGACUGUAUGGGAGCUCACAGUACACCUGAUCGUAGAUGGCAUUAUGCAUUUGCACCUUCUCUUGACACCAAAUCCACCCAAGGUGCUCAAUGCCUUUAAGGACCGGCCCUCUGAGUCUUCUCUCUCAAAAGAAGGUCCUGAGGAGCUUCUGCCUCCCCACCUUUGGGCAUGCUAUGGGGAUUUCACCUUUCCAGAGGUGCCAUUUGGGUUUUAUUGUUCUCUGUUGCUUGUUUCCCAGCCAGUUUCAACUAAAAGAGUAAAAAAAUCUGAAAAUACGGCAUGGGCUUUAAUUCAUGCUGUUGACAAAGUCAGUGCCAAGUAACUCUUGCUAGCUGCCACUCAUCUGGAGUACUGGAUCCUCAUUUGGCUUCAGCUCCGAGGAAAACUGUGUCAUUGGGAUUCCAUCUGUAAUAAAGGGUCUUUCCUAGCAGUCCAAGAUACCUGAAGAAACUUUAAAAAGCCUUGAUGAUCUCUAAGCUGUUGAUCUCUGAAUCUGGCAUACUAAGGGGUUUUUCUGCCCAGCUUCAUUCUAGGUGUCUGGGAAUUGUGGUAGCUGUUCUUCUGGCUCUUCCUUGCUGGUGAAGAAGUUUAUUUGUGUUCUCCAGCAGGAUGGAGGUGGAGGAGGGUGUUGUGAACUAUAAGGGAACUCGAAACCAUAUAUAUGAAGGGGGGGAGGGCGGCUGUGUCGGGGCAAGGGGGGGUUGAGGCUGGCACGCCAAUGAGAAUUAGAAUUUCUCUGUUGUUUACACUUUUUCAUGUGCAGCAUUCCGUGGGGUUCAUACGUGGGAACUUGCACUAAUGAACUCAGAAGAAUAUUGUGUUGUCCUAUCUAUCUCAGUCCGAGUGCUUGUACUGCAAUGGCAAUGAUCUCUUCUUGCAAAAUACUUCUUUCAGUGUGCCAAUUUCUGUUUGAAAAACUCCAGGGUGGUUGAGCUUAAGGAGUGGUAUUCUCUUUUCUGCUUCAGUUGGACUACCUUGCUGAAGCUUCCUCUUGGAAGGAACUUACUGCAGGUAAAUUUGUAAGUGUGUUGAUUAUAGCGAGGUUCUUCAGAAGGACGACAUUCCCUGCAUGUGGGUCAUGCUGCCUGCCUUCUGUGCUGGUUUAUGUCCACACACAGCCCAGCUGAAGGUGGACGUGCAGUUCAGUGUAGGAUUUGAUUGUUUUUCUGAUACAGAUGUUUCAGUUUGUGUAUCAGAUAUUUUGAGUGAUCUGCCUCUGCAAGGCUCUUGUGAAGAGGGGGACGAUGGUCAGGCUUUGUUUUUCCAUUGAGAAUGACCAGCACAGAGGACUCAUCUGAGUGGGAAGCUGGGAUCUGCUUUUGGAAGCACAUGUAUUUUAUCAGUAAAUCCAGAGUAAAAUUCCUCUUGGGCAGGUCUCCAGAUUAGAAAAGCAUUGAUGCAACCAGUACACACCCCUGCCACAGUCCCAGUGGAUAGACCCUGGACUGACUGAACACUGAGACUGAACAUUUUCUCUCUGUUCCUUUUUACCACUGAGCCAGUCAUGAUUCACAUUCUGUCCUUCCCUAGUGAGGAUCAUGUUUUCUCCUGCUUCCCAAAUUGACUGAGAUGCAGGGACUGUGGAUAAUACAGACACGUCCAUUAAGGAGAUUGCUAAAGUGGGUUUGUUAGCAUAGAAGGGGUCUCACUGAUGUCAAUGAAAAUUGCUCCUUGUCCUUCAAGCUAAGCACAAAUGUCCUUAUUUUACAGCAUCAGGUGCAGUAAAGCAUUAACACAGGUACUCAUUGUGCACCUUUUGCUCUCUGUAGACACCUGGGCAGUGUUCAAACCUGCCUGUCUGGUGAUGGAAAUAACUGGUGUGCCCAGUCUGGAAAGGAACAGUCCUCUGUAGUUAAAACAAAACCCAGCAUUAUUUGUUGAAAAAUAAACUUUGCAUGUUCAACAGGAGCUUAGCAUGUUUAAAUGGCAACAUUAAUGAGACCUAAUCUUGCCUUUUAUGUCAUGCUGCAAACGUUUCAUACCUUCCUAAGGAGCAGAUUCAGCCUCUCUGCCUUCCAGAGUGCUAGUGUUGAAUGCUGGACUUCUCUUGGUCAGGCUGUGUGUCAGACACAGAAUACCUGCUACCUUAAACCUGAGCACAAAAUGCUCUGUCAGACCAGGCAGGAGAGGAAGCACAUUUUUUAUUUGGAGUCCAUUUUGCAAAUGAAUGAAGGUACAUGAAAAACAAUCUUAAUUAUGAAGAAAACUGCACCCCAACUGCUUGACACAGCAGGUGCUACAGUCAACUGUAAGUGAAGCUACAUGUGGAAAAUCCCUGUUAUUCCUGUUUAUUACAAUGGGCUUUGAUGGUGUUCUGGUCUCCAGUUCUGCAUCGCUUCUCUAGUUAUUAUAGCCCAUCCUCUAGAAAUGGCUUGAUUGGCAAGCCUUAAACACAGAUUAACAUCUUUGGCUUUAAGGUAGUUAAACCUGCACCAAGAUGAAGAAAAGGCCACUGUCUUGAAUAUUGAGUUAUUUCCAGUUCCUUAUUGCUUGGCAGAUCUCAUAUUAAUUGAUUACCACCAUUCUGAGGGGAACUGCUUGAACUACAGAACUCCUUGGUCACACAUGCUGUUGAAUCAAGUAACUUCUUCAAAAUACCUCCUAAGAAGUAAUCAAUCAUUUUUUUUCCUGGCCAUUUUGCCUUGAGCACAUUUGUCACACAGUAUUUACUGACAGAAUCUGCUUCUGAACAUGUGCUGUGCACGUAGCAGAUUAUUUAUUAGGUCUACAACAGAAAAAUAACUGGUUGAGUGCAAAAAUAAUGGGAGCAUUGUUAUUCAGAAAUUGCUUUCUUAGCAAUGAGACUUUUUAAAUUGCAUUUUGGUGGUGGUAUUGCUUGGAAAUUACCCUUUAACUUAAUUGGCAGGUGACAGAUACACCUUGAAAAUAUGUUAGGAGUGAACUAAUAGCUUGAAAAUGGCUGCAAAA